CAACUGCAACUGUCCGUGGAAGCUGUGCGUGGUGCGGCGCCUUAAGUUCCCUCAACCUCAACUAUCGAGCUGCAAUUUCGCAUUUCUCGUGCUCUGCGACACGCGACUUCUACUAUAAAUUCGCCAUGCAGUUAAUUGCAGUGUGACGAUACGGCCUAAACAAUGCACUCGAAUCUGUGGAUAUUUAUUUGCCGCCGCAAACUCUCCUUUCUGCUGCUAGUCUCUGGCAUUGUGCUGCUGGGUCUCUGGACAUGGGCCAUACUCAUUGAUACCACAGAGACGCCAGCGUCACUGUCGAUUCCCUCAGCCAAUGCUGAGGCCAGAGAACGCCAACAGCAGCAGCAGCAGCAGGCCACAGGAUACCAGCAGAUUCACAUCAUCCAGAAGCUAAUUGCACAGGCCAAUCGAGUGCUCCGUGCCGAUCGCCUCAAGGACAACGCUGCGGGGGAAAAGUCUCCCACUGUGCAGCGUGUGGGCAACGUGAGAUUUCUGCGUCCCACCCAAGCCAAGAAGGCGCCACUACCGCUAGCCGAGAGUUACCUCUUCGAGCAGGAGCGUCUGAAGAUACUCGAACAGCAGCAGCGACAACGCAACGCCGGCAUGGAGGAGCUGAAUGCCAAUGCAGAGGAUGAGCGGAUGCUCAGCUCCGCGGAACGCCAAACCCAAUACGAGCACGAACUGCAGCGCAUGGGUGUGCCCGUGGUGGCGGGCAUUGGGCCGGACGGACCGCGUGCACCCAACGAACGGCUGGUCCACUUGGACCUCAAGGGUGCACCGCCCAAGCUGAGCUUUCUGAAGCAGCUGCUGCCCAUGCUGCGGGCGCUGGGUGCCACGGGCUUGCUCAUCGAAUACGAGGAUAUGUUUCCCUUUACAGGCGCCCUACAGCCGCUGGCCGCACACAAUGCCUACAAGGCGGAUGAGCUGAGGGACUUUCUGGAAUGCGCUGCCCUGCAUGGCCUGAGUGUGAUGCCGCUGCUGCAGACCUUUGGCCACUUGGAGUACGUGCUCAAGCUGGAGGGCUUCGAGCAGCUGCGCGAGCUGCCCGAGAGUCCGCAAUCCCUUUGCCCCAGUCAGCCGCAGAGCAUGGCGCUGCUGGAGCAGAUGCUCACCCAGGUGAUCGAGUUGCAUUUGCAGUGCAUUGGCAAGGCCACAGCCUCCGCGGCGCCCACACUGCCCAUCAAGUUCACGCACAUUCACAUCGGCUGCGACGAGGUGCAGCGCAUGGGCGAGUGUCAGGCCUGCCGUCAGCGACUGCGCAGCGAGCUCUUCCUCUCGCAUGUCGUGAGUCUGGCGCACUUUGUGCGUCGCCACUGGCCACAGCUGGGCGUGGUCAUCUGGGACGAUCAGCUGCGAUCCAUGUCACUGGGUGAGCUGCAGCAGUCGCAGAUUGGCAGCUACGUGGAGCCCAUGGUGUGGGUGUAUGCCAGCGACAUCUACAGGUUCAUCCCACCCCAGCUGUGGGACACUUAUGCCAAGAUCUUUCCCAGCGCCUGGGUGGCCUCUGCCUACAAGGGUGCGUUCGGGGAGAGCCUGCUGGUGCCGCCGCUGCAGCAUCAUCUGGAGAACAACAUCCGCUGGCUGGCGGUCAUUGCCAAGGAGGGCGGACGCUUUGCCAAGGGACUCCGCGGCGUGGCACUGACUGGCUGGCAGCGUUACGAUCACUUUGCGGUGCUCUGCGAACUGCUGCCCGUGGGAAUGCCCAGCCUGAUGACAUCGCUGUCGACCGUCGCCAAGGGUUACUUCAGCACCAAUCCGCGGGACAACGAACUGCUGCGUGUGCUGCAAUGCGUCUUUCAGCCGGACAGCCGUCGAUCGGGUCGUCCCUGGCUGGAACUCCAUCCCAAUGCACAUCACAGCCAACUCUUUGCCGUUUGCAACUAUCCCGGCCACAUGGUGCACAAGUUUGCUCUCCGUUUGUACGACAAACUGGCCGAGGUGGGGCUGUAUCUACAGCAAACGCGCGAGCAGAGCGCCUGGCUGUCCGACUACAAUGUGCGGCAUAACUUUAGCUCGCCGCUGCGGGUGCACGAGCUGGCGGCACGCACUCCGCUGCUGAUUGACGAGCUGCGUGGCAUGGCGCGCGAGGCGCAGCAGCUGCUCUGGGAGAUCUACGAUGAGUACACGGUGGCCGAGUUUGUGGAGCAACACAUCUAUCCAACCAUCGAGUCGUUGCAGCGACAGCUGGCCAGCGGUGCGUCACUGCUGCAGCGUCGCACCUGGCCACAACGACCGCUGCCGUUGACCCUCAAGUUGCAGGAGGAAAUGGGCUUGAUCACGGAUCACCAGCAGCCGCACUGAACCCACACCGUGAUACACCAAUGUAUAGUGAUGGCGUUCGAAACGCCCCAAGAGCCCCAAGCCGUGGAUAAUAAGCGAUAAUUCGAAUGUUAACAGCGCUGCAGCAGGCAUUUCUCUUUCUACAUCUGUGCGUGCGAGUACGAGUCUAUCUAUAACUAUAAUUAACAGCAUCAAAUGUUCAUUUUUUCUAGACUACUUUGUAAGCCAAAGCUCAAUUAUACAACUAAAAGAUCUAAAUUAAUCAUAUGAUAAU